ACUCACGUGUUGGUGGACCGCGAAGGCUUGCGAUUUGUUGUCUCGCGCGCGCCGUGUCAAAUUCGAAGACGACAGAACAUUACGAAAGGACAGCUUCUGAAAGUGCCACCGCGGGUUGUGAAAUAGCGUGACGACUAGAAUUGCGCCCCUAUCGUUGCCGCCUCGCCGCUGUCAUGGGCUAAAAUCAGUGAUGGAAGUGGUUUUGCUACGAAGAAAAAAGUGUCGCCUCCCGAAAUCGUCGGAAAUUGUGCUGUGAACAUCGACGCGGUUCAGUAACGGGCGCGGGGUCGUCGUCUUCCGUGUCUGUGGUGUUUUGUUUUUGGCCCGGUCGCCUCAGCCGGGAGAUAACGAGGAAACAAGUUUCGCGAAAAUGUCCGUGCAGGGACAGACGAUGCCAAUUUGGAAAAGUCGGAAAACACAAAAUGGUUUCAGGAAGUGCAUAAUCGACGAAGUGGUCAACAACAAUAACAAUUUUCUGGAUGACUGGAAGCGAGUUUACUCUGAAUACGCAAUACAAAUGGAGCACAGCUACUCACGGGAUUCCCGGCCCAUCGAGGGCGCCAAUGGAUUAACCACAAGAACGCUGAUGGUGCACCGACCUCCACAGUGUCCGUCAUGUCACAGUCAUCCAAUCGACGAGGGAAUUGAUUUGGAUGAAGCAAACCAUCCACCGAUCCCUUCGUACAAUGAAACAGCCGCCAAGGAAGCAAUGGAUGAAUGUACACGUGUGGCAAACAGUGUACGGAACUUGAAUUCAGACGAUGAGAACUGGGAAGAGCGAAUUAACAAAACCGGAUGGACAUUAGUACAAGAGCGUUUAUUCGCACGCAUAGCUCGUGUACUUGACAUGGAUCACUUAGCUCGACUCGCGACAAACGGACGACAACAUGAACCUGUUCAACGUCGUGUUAUAAUUGACAGAUCAGUGGACAGAGUACGUCAGGCGUUGGCGUCCGUAUCAUGGGAGCCAAAACUUACACAGUGGAUCCACGGAAUACUGAUGGACAAUCUGCCGCCAACAUAUAUGGCUUCAUAUCUUGAUAUAUUGCAAACGCUUAAAACAAAACUCCCUACUCUAAUGGAUAAAAUGCUUUUCGGUCGUCCUAUGAAUGUGAACCAAGAAUUGCUCACGCCUGUGAUGAAGAAACAAUGGGAUCCAAUUGUUUCACAAAAAAAUAGAAAAAUCCCCGCUAAUUGUGUUAUUGUGAUAGUUCCUUCAACAGCUUUAACUGGUCCAUUGCCUUCAAGGCUGCAAAAGUGGUACCAGUUAUUCUCAACUAUUGCACCAAUAGUCCAAAUCAAUCCUCAAACAGUUGCAAACGCUUUACACAAACAACCAAUUGAUCAAGUGGCCGAGCACAUAGUGUCGAUAUCGCGAGCCAAAAUCCAGGAACUUCGCACAGAACAACCCAGUCGCCACAUCAUUUUGAUUGGAUUCAAUGCUGGCGCUGCUCUAGCUUUGCAAAUCGCAUUAGCUGAAAAUGUAAACAGCAUCGUGUGCAUGGGUUUUGCAUACAACACAGUAAAUGGAGUGCGAGGUGCUCCUGAUGAUCACAUCCUCGAUAUAACAACUCCAAUUAUGUUUGUUAUUGGACAGAAUUCAGCGAGAUCGAGCCAAGAAGAGAUCGAAUCAUUACGUGAAAAGAUGCAAUCACAAACUUCCUUGGUCGUUGUUGGAUCAGCCGACGAUGCGCUUCGUGUUCCCAAGAAUAAAAGAAGGAUCGACAAUGUCACCCAAUCAAUGGUUGACAACAUGGUGACGGACGAAAUUUAUGAAUUCAUCCGGAAUUGUAUCACAAAUCCACCUGGUCCCCGACAGCCAACGAACAAUAUAAGCUACGUGAAUACGCAUGAUGCCCAACAGACGAGGGUUAUAGCAGGUGGAGUUCGAAAUCCAGCAAUUCGAAAGCGAAAACAGAGUCAAGGAUCCGAUACAGAAGCUCUUACACCGGCAAAGAGUGGCAAAUUUAUUGCCAAUCGUCAAACCACCAUCAUCGGUCGGCCGCGCACUCGUCCUCUUAUAACAACGGCGUCCGCCGUCUCAGCGAAACAAAAGUUAAUUUCCCAGCCUUCGCCUGAAGUUCUGAACAUGGCUAUCCAAAGCAUUCUUCCCGAUGACGAUAAAAAUACAUCACAAAUAGAAGAAAUCGGAGACGACGGCCAGAUGAUGCAAUAUGAAAUUAUCUCGCAACCGAAACUUGAAAUCCGUCAGACAUCGACUGGGGCCAUUUCAAAUAUUCGUAGCUCUCCAAUGGUGGUUCCAAUGAUGCAACGGCCUGCUGGAAGUGCAACAGGAACUGUACAGAAAGUCAAAAUGAUACCUUCGAAUCAAUUCGUGCAGAUAAAACCGCCGCAAGCAAAUACGCAAAAAAUCUAUACGAUCAAAACAUCAUCUGGGCUUGGAAGUGAUACUUUAAGAGGUCAAGGACAGAUAUUUACGGUCAAAUCUACGCCUUCUGGACAACAAUAUUUACAGGGGCCAACGACAAGUCCCUUAGUCAUAAGCCCGACAAAGUACACAGUUCUAAAGUCAGCAACAGGAUCGUCUACAAUCGUCAGCAAUGAAAGUGAUGUGCAAAAAACUACAAGUGAUCUCUCAAAUACUAACAUCUUCGAUAUUCCAAUUAUAUUCGCUGAUAACGACGGAAAUAUUCAUGACACUUCCCUAUCUGGAUCUGGAUCAAAUACAGCCAGUACGCUCCCGUCGACGUCAUCAACGCCUUCUGCCUCUCAAAUCAUAAUCACUUCGCAACCCCACCAAGUCACUGGAUCCGAGCAAACUCCAAAUGUUUCACAAGCGAAGAGCUUCAUCCUAAACACAGCUGGAACCCUUCAGAAACCAAAAGCAAAUAAGGUCGUGUUCAUUAAUAGAAAUACAAUGAAACCGUGUCCAAAUAUAAUUUCAAAAAGCGUUCCGCCUCUCAAGUACGCUAAAGUAGUUGUCACCAAUCCCAAAACAUCAACGCCAAGUUUGGUAACACGACCGGCAGGUCCACACGGCAGUGGCGAUGCAGUUGUUGACAAACCCAUGACCACCGUAACCAUUCAAAAACCUGGCCUUGCGAACAUCAUUAAAACAAGUUCCGGCCAGAUAACAACUUCCAAUCAAUCACCAGCCCAACAAACAGUCAUCGGCACCAUGCAAAAUCUCAACAAGCAAUUCCAACCGAUAAUCAUCAAUGUGGAUUCAGACAAAACGACAAUUAAAAACAUGAUAAAAGUGGGUGACUCCACGAGUCAGAUGAAGCCCACAAUUCUCCUUAAACCGGGUGGUCUGAAGUCAAUACCCGUGCUGAAACCAGGAAUCCUAAAUCGCAAUGUGACGGUCAGAAAAGUUGUGAAUCUCGUUCAAGGCAAACCCACAAUAACAGCAACAAUUUCGCCGGCAACUGGACAAAGUGGCGAAAUUGCAAAGACCAUCGUUGUAUCGUCAGCAACCGGUCAAAUUGUGGCGGCAUCAAGUGCAGUGAGCACGAGUACAGCAGCAGCGAGUGUGACGAGCACCAGUAGUAGUGGAAGUAAUGACGCCGCUACUAAUAACGAAAGCCAAUAGUGAACAGUGGUUAGUCAUAGAUGUGAUUGGAAACUGUAGUUGUAAAUGUUGAGAUUAUUUGGAAACCUCAGCUUUUUUGAGGGAGGAAUAAUACAUAGUUUGUAAUCUAUAUUUAGAAUUUAUAUUGCACUGUAAUAUUAUGUACGAAAUAUAUGUAAAAUGGAUACAUAUUCAUUAAAUAAAAGUUAAAAUGAUAUCAAAUAUAGAUUGGUUUUGUCGAUAAUGAU